CCGCACCAAAACCAACCAAACCAAACCCGCGGCGCCAGCAAACAGAGUCUGGGGCUGCCCUUUGUGACCAACGGCUAGCUGCACCUUGCCAUCUGCGAAACAUCGGCCUGGUUUUCUUUUGGGGCCGCGCCACUGGCCCGCCGCCGUUACCUCUGCCUGCACCUUGGUCAACACCAAGCACCACUCACGCCUAUACCUUCCUGCCAUCUCAAACCCCCUUCACCCCCCCCCCGGCUCCUUUGCAACGGCAGUCUUUGCGGCUAUGCGCCGUCAAUCCCCGCUGUUUGCCUGGGCUUGGUUCCUGGCCGACACAAGCUGAACGAGUCUGCAGUCAUGGCUCCAGAUGCCGAGCCCCAAUGGCCACCACGAUCUCCCCACGAAGCCCUUCUCAGCACGCCCGGCGGACGACAGCGCUAUAGAGAGCUGCUGAGCCAGACGUCGCCCUCCCCCUCGCCGUCGAGGCGUCGACGCCUCAUGGCCGCCGCGAGCCUGUCACCUGGAGGUGGACUGGGGCUGCAUCUUGACGAGGACGAGGAUGACGAAGACGAGGAGACGUUGCAACUGAAAUUGCAGGAGAUUCAGGCUCGACUCAGACUCAAGAAGCUUCAGAACGCAAAGAAUAAGGAAAAUAUCUUGACCAAGACGCAAGACGAUGGUCCGCAGCCACAGCCACUCGCCACUGGCGCCGAGCCGCAGAGAAGCGCUCGGGCUAGCACCCCGGGCUCUGAAGAUCCGACGCGACUCGCAGCACGAAGCCAGGUACAGGUUCCUGCAUCCCCGAUCCGGCGGGCCCAGGCGCCUCUGCAACAAACGUCACCCAGCAGAGUCUUACUCGGAAUAGACAAGGGCCUCAAGGCAAAGGACAUUUCGCUGAAGCGAGCACCCAGCAGCAAGAGCGCAUCGGGCGCCCGCACCGCGCGAGGCGGCGGCUACUUGGAACGGUCCAGAUCCUCCAACUCGGUCUUGGCCGCGCAAGAAGCUCCGAGGCCGGUCAGCUUCAACGAGCGGCUGGCCUCGGCGCGAACGGAGGAAACCUUUCGCGCUACGAGAGAAGAGAAGAUUCGGCAGGUGAGGACAAACGCAUUCGGCAUCGAUAAGAAGGAAAUGGAAGCGUACAAGAAAAACGCCGUCGACAUCUCGGACGAGCCCAUCGCAGCGCCAUCGUUUACCCGCGAGCAGAUCACGACCAAGGGCAAGGCGGGUGGUACGCUGCCACGCAGCAAGACGGUACCAAACGUCACAUCUCACGCAACCAUGGGCGAGUCUAGUUCCUUCACAGAGAAGUCGUCGCAGGACACAGUAUCUCGAGAGGGUGACGAGGGAGCCUCGGCCUUUGAACCAUAUUCAUGCUUUCACCUGUCCCGUCGUAUCGUCCCGCAUCGCGUCCUCGCGCGGCACGUGUCAGGAAAGAAGACGAUGAACAUCAAAGAGCUGCUCCGCGACGUCAAGGCACCAGACUUUGCUCUGCCCGACGUCGAGCAGGACGUUGUUGCGUUUGCCAUUGUGGCCAAAAAGUCGGAGCCGCGCGCCCAUAAGAAAUCCGAGGCAAAAAAGGGCCGGUCGGACGACCGAGGCAAGUACAUGGUCAUGACGCUAUGCGACCUGGAGUUUGAGCUGGAGCUCUUUCUUUUCGACUCGGGGUUCACGAGGUUCUGGAAGCUGACAGAGGGCACGGUGGUGGCCAUCCUCAACCCCAGCAUCAUGCCGCCACCACCCGGGAGGCUGGACACGGGGCGAUUCAGUCUAGUCAUCAACUCAGACGCCGACACCAUCAUCGAGAUUGGCGCGGCGCGCGAUUUAGGAUUCUGCCAGUCGGUGAAGAAGGACGGGGACAUGUGCGGCGCAUGGGUCAACAAGAAGAGGACUCAGUUCUGCGAGUUUCACUCCAACGAGGCCGUUCGCAAGCAGCGCUCAACACGGAUGGAGGUCAACACGAGCGGCUUCGGUGACAGGGGCCGGCGUGGCGGUCGCGGAAGCCGCGAAGGAGGCCGCGGCGGCGGGUUCAAGGAAUGGGACGGGCGAGGCAAGGGACCCGACAAUUACGACUGGGAGACCAAGACGCAGUGGUUCGCGUCGAGGUCGUUCAGCGCAGCGGACCUCAUCGACGGCAAGGACCGCGCGCCGGCCGACCGCAAGGAAAAGGCCGAGUUUCUUAAGCGGAACUUGGAGGCCAAGGAAAAGGAGCGCGAGAUGAUGAAGCAGCUCGGGAAGGUGGGCAACGCUGCGGGACGCGAGUAUAUGCAACGGGCGGGCGAGAAGAAGGCUGGCAACGCGGCACCCAGCAGUUCCUCACGGGCCGCGCUCGCGGCAUCAGAGACGGCAGGCGAACUGCCAAAGUUGGACGCUGCAUCUCUCGGUCUGCAUAGCAAGGACCGGGCCAUUCACCUCAGCCCCAUCAAGCGCAAGCGGCCCGAGAGCUCACAGGCUGGCUCCACGGCAGGCAGCGCCAGAGGCUCAGGGGCCGCUGCGGCAGGAGGCGGGUUUGGCUGGGGCAGCAACCUGCGGGACAAGCUGUCGAGCAUGAAGGACGGGCAGAAGCUGCACACGCAGAAGAGCGGCUCCAAGUCGCCGGUACGCAAGAAGACGCGGUUCGUGACGGAAAAGGGAAUCCGCGAGGCCGGGCGGGAGAGCCUGGGCUUGGACGCCGCCAGCGCAGACCUGGCGGCCAGGCAGCUGUCGCUGGACGACGACGACGAUGACGACGAACUGAUUAUUGUCAAGUAGGGCAGGGGUCGGCAGCCCGUGAUCUCAAUAUGGGGACUUUUUGAACACUGGAAGUUCUUGUGGACCCGGAAAUGGGCGUUUUUCAUGUAUCGACAAGCAAAGCGCGCAGGCGGGGGGGCUGCGUUUGAGGGCAUUCGCAUCAGCAUGGCGCGAAAAGGUUCGGGCCAGCCGGGUAUGGUCGCAUCUUGCAGAAUACAAUUGAACGAGACGUGUAGAGUAGUUGAUGGCUGGGUCCGCAUUGCGAC